ACGCCCCCAACACAUUUCUACACAUUUCCCGAACGCCGAAACGUGGGUCGCACAUUCCAUUUAAAAUGGCGUCCUUAGUUGCACGAAGAUCUGCAAGGUUUUUGCAACCUAGAUUUGUUCGUACAUUAACUUUGGGUCAUCAAUUGCUCUCUGGAGGUGGCAAGGAAUACGAAAAUAUUGUUGUUGAGACUGUUGGAGAAAAUAAAAAUGUUGGAUUAGUUUCGUUAAAUCGACCCAAAGCAUUAAAUGCUCUAUGUGGUGCUCUUUUUGUUGAUCUCCAAGAUGCUUUAUCCAAUCUUCAAAAAGACAAAAGUAUAGGAGCUGUUGUUUUAACAGGAAAGGGGAAAGCCUUUGCAGCAGGUGCUGACAUUAAAGAAAUGCAGAACAAAGAAUUUUCAGAAGUUAUAGGUGGAAAUUUUCUAGACAACUGGAACUGUCUGACGAAAUUUGAAAAACCUAUAGUAGCAGCUGUCAAUGGGUUUGCACUUGGUGGUGGUUGUGAAGUUGCUAUGAUGUGCGACAUUAUUUACGCUGGCGAGAAAGCAAAAUUUGGUCAACCAGAAAUAUUAUUAGGUACCAUACCUGGUGCUGGAGGAACACAACGAUUGACUCGAGCAGUAGGUAAAUCGAAAGCUAUGGAGAUGUGUUUGACUGGAGAUAUGAUAACUGCAGAUGAAGCUCUGCAAUUUGGCUUAGUCAGCAAAGUUGUGCCAAAUGAUCAACUGCUUGACGAGUGUGUGAAAGUUGCAUCAAAGAUUGCAGCUAAUUCGAAAUUAAUUAAUGCUUUAUGCAAAGAAGCUAUCAACAAAGGAUACAAUCUUACUCUGGAUGAAGGAUGUCACUUUGAGAAGAGAUUAUUUCACAGCACGUUUGCUACGCACGAUCGCAAAGAAGGCAUGACCGCCUUUGUGGAGAAAAGAAAAGCAGACUUCAAAGAUAAAUAAAUUGUUUAUGAACCCUUCUUUUUUUGUACAUGAAUUUUUCUUAUAUAAAAAUGAUAUUAUGUACCUUUGUUUGUCCAGGUUAUAGCCGAUACUGAAUACUGACAAUAGAAGAAAUUAAUUUUUUACGCCAACUAUAAUAUACACUUAUAUGGAUA